AUGCUAAAGGAGGAACAAUCGGUAGGUACGCCGGUGAUGCGUGUAACCGCUACCGAUCCCGACCCCCGACAAACGAUCGAGUACAGCUUCGUAACAACGCCAGGAGAACGAGCCCGCUUUCGCAUUGACAAGAGCACAGGAGAGAUCACGACGGCUCACAUCUUCGAUCGCGAUGAACCAAUUCGUGAGAAGGAGAUCUACAUCACGGUGCGUGCGACCGAUAAUGGACGACCUCGGUUAGACGAUGUGUGCACCUUCAAAGUGACGAUCCUUGACAUCAACGACAAUCCGCCUGUAUUCGAUAAGGUGCGCUAUGAAGAGUCUGUGACGAAAGACAUGAAAGCGAACCAGCGCGUAGCUACCAUAUCGGCAACGGAUAUGGAUGAUGGGGAUAACAGCAUUAUCAAGUAUGAGAUCGUGCAAAUGAACCCAGACAGCAGUUACUUCAAAAUCAACGAGAACAACGGUGUGCUCACUCUAACGAAACCGGUUGACCGCAGUCCUGGCCAGUACUAUGCCAUACGCGUGAGGGCAUAUAAUGUUGAUCCACAGGGGGAAGCUGUACAAGAUGCGGAGAUGGACGUCAAAGUUCGUGUUGUGGAGUCCAAUAAACUUCCUCCUUACUUCACCAAGGUGCAAGCGACGCCCAUCGUGCUGAAUGAAACGUUCAAGAAUUAUACCGAAUCAUUAGCAGAGUUCGAUGCAGAAUCAAACAUUCCCGAAAAACCAGAAGUCAUCUUCGAGCUCAUUCAAGGCCGUGCGGAACAAACGAAUUCGAAAAACACCUUUCUACUGGAACAGGUUAAUAAUACUGCCUCAAUCAAGCUAGGAAAGACGCUGGAUUAUGAAACCGUGACGGAGUAUACUCUCACAGUGAGCGUGAAAAAUUCACACGACUUAGUCGCAGAAGCUGUGCUGAAGAUUAAGGUGCUGGAUGAGAACGACAUUAUCCCGGUGUUCACGGAAGUGACAUCGGGCACUAUUCCGGAAGACGAACCACCCGGUACUCCUGUGAUGCAGGUACGAGCAUAUGAUCUUGAUGGAACUUCUGCCAACAACAUCGUGUCGUACAGGUUCGACGAUGAAAAUCAACAGUUGUUUCACAUUGAUAGUCGAACGGGUAAAAUUACGUCGCUGGUAAAGUUUGACCAAGAAGCGAAAGAUUUUUAUCCUUUGAAGAUCACCGCCGAAGACAACUCUCCAUCGGCACUGUACAGAAACGGUAAACCGAAUAGUAUCUCUCAGCUAUUCAUCAUUAAGAUCUCAGAUAAGAACGAUCACCAACCGAAAUUUGUAAAAGAUCACUUUGUAGCCGAAAAUGUACCGGAGGAUGCAGAUAUUAACACGGUACUGAUCGAAGUGACUGCUAUAGAUCAAGACACGGCCUCACUAAUUACCUACAGCAUUAUUGAAGGUAAUGUGGGCAAUGCGUUCAAGAUCGAUGAGAAUACUGGUCGUAUCUCAGUAAACAGCCGUCUGGACUAUGAGACUAUCCGUAGCUACCAGUUGAUAGUGCAAGCAGACGAUGGUAUCUUCCAGGACAACGUCACUGUUUCGAUUAAAAUCGAAAAUGUCAACGAUAAUCCUCCACGCUUUAUAGACCUCCGCAAUGUGACGAUCCAGGAAGAAACGAUUCCUCCUGGCUGUAUCAUGACCAUCCAGGCAUUUGAUCCGGACAUUGAGAAUCGAGACGAACCACAACACAUACGAUUCUCGUUUGUAAAAGAACAAGAGGAUUUGCUGGAGAUCGAUGACAACGGAUGUCUGCGGCUAAGAAAAGCGCUUGAUCGUGAUCCACCGCAGGGCUUUAAGAGUUGGCAAUUUAUUAUCACCGCAACGGAUGAAGAUGGCGCAGGAAAGAAAACUCCGGCUACUGUGAUUUUUUUCCUGGAAGAUAUUAACGACAACGCACCGUAUCUAUCGAACGCAAUGCCAGUUGUGUGGGAAGAGAAUCGAUCAUCUGGUUUGAUCGUAAGACUGACGGCAGAAGACGUAGACGAAGCACAGAAUGGUCCGCCAUUCCAUUACAACAUUGAUCCAAACGCACCAUAUGAGAUCAAGGAACGGUUCCAAGUGCAAGGGGACGAACUGUAUGCGCUGGUAAAGUUUGAUCGAGAAGAGCAAAAGGAGUAUCGAGUACCGAUCAGGAUCAGCGACUCUGGUGAAGAACCGAUGAGCGACGUCAGUAUGUUGCAUCUUGUGAUUGGCGAUGAAAAUGACAGCGAGAUGUGGCCGGGUGAUAGUCGUAUCUUCGUUUACAACUACAAAGGCGAAUCGCCCAACACGGAAGUUGGUCGAGUUUACGUGGAUGAUCCAGACGACUGGGAUCUAGCGGACAAGACGUUCCAGUGGGACGAUGCUACUCGUCAUCAGUCGGUGGACUUCUUCGACCUUAAUCGUGAUACUGGCAUGAUCACCAUGCUACAAGGUACUCGUGGUGGAGAGUAUGAGCUGAACUUCCACGUGAUUGAGCAGUCGAGCUACUUUCCGCGCCACAACGUUACAGCCAAAGUGAUAGUAACGGUUAAAGAGAUCCCCGAGGAGGCAGUCGAUAAGAGUGGAUCGAUCCGCUUCCAUAAUGUAACGGCGGAGGAGUUUGUGUCUCGUACAUCCGGUCAACAGACCACUCCAAAAGAUCGACUGCAGAUGAGCAUUGCAAAAACUCUCAACGUGAGUCGCGAGAACGUGGACGUGUUCACUGUUUUGAAGCGCGACAAUGUCAACGGCACAUUCUUGGAUGUACGGUUUUCCGCACACGGUAGUCCUUAUUACGCACCUGAGCGACUUAAUGGAAUGCUCGGCUAUGGACUUCGCCAGCUGGAAGAAGACGUGGGUCUGUCAGUGUUAAUGGUGGGAAUCGACGAGUGCAUCGAAGAGGGUCGCAACUGUGAGCUAUCGUGCAAGAACACACUCUACAAAUCAAACGUCCCGAUCGCAGUUUACACUAACACCAGUUCGUUUGUGGGUGUGAAUGCCUUCGUACAGGCGGAGUGCGUGUGUGAGGUUCCACCACCCUCGCUUACAUGUCUAAAUGGAGGCUUCCUGGUAAAUGAUCGCUGUUCCUGUCUAGAAGGCUUCGAAGGUCCACAUUGCGAGAUGCUAAGCAUCGGAUUCUACGGUAGUGGAUAUGCUCUUUACCCUCCGAUCAGUCCUUGUAAUAUGACGCGCAUCAGUAUAGAGCUUUCGCCCCACCAGGAAGAUGGUUUGGUGAUGUACAUUGGCCCGCUUAACUACAAUCCUCGUCUGCCCGUGCAAGACUUCUUGGCGCUAGAGCUCGUCAAAGGACUUCCAGUACUACUCCUUGAUUACGGUAGCGGCACUAUCCGAAUCGAACAUCGUCACCGUUUCCCGCAAGGCAAACCUUUUACUGUAGAGCUCGUGCUACAGCCGCAGACGAUCGAGAUGAUCGUAGACAACUGCAAGUUGUCCACGUGCAUGAGUCCGAAAGGACCGAACCGCUUCCUUAACGUAAACGCUCCUCUUCAGCUAGGAGGUGCAGCCGUCAAUUUGAACUAUCUUGGAUCAUUGUACAACUGGACGUACAUUCCUCAAGAUAAAGGUUUCAGCGGCUGCCUAAGAAAUCUUACCAUCAACGAACGAUUAUACGAUUUCUACGCAACAAUAAUCUAUAGCAAACCAAACAAUGGCAAACCUAAGGUAGAAGUUGAAAGUCCAACAGUAGCGACAAGUUCGCUCAUCAUGUUUAUGAGACGAUUGAUAAGCCUUGCCAAUAUGAUCAACGCGGGUAUGAUGAACUAA